AUGGCGGCGUCGGCGGCCCUGUCGGCGGCAGCGGCGGCGGCGGCCCUAUCGGGCCUGGCGGUGCGGCUGUCACGCUGGGUCGCGGCUCGCGGCUCGUACGGCGCCUUCUGCAAGGGGCUCACGCGCACGCUGAUCACCUUCUUCGACCUGGCCUGGCGGCUGCGCACGAACUUUCCCUACUUCUACGUCGUGGCCUCCGUGAUGCUCAACGUGCGCCUGCAGGUGCGCAUCGAGUGAGCCGCGGGGCCGGGCUGGGGUCCCGCAUCCGCCCGCCCGCCGUGGCCCGGGCAGCCGCAUGAAAGACUGCGCGGCCGCUGCGGAGGGAGGAGGGAGGCGGGCCGGGCCCGCGACUGUGGCCCCUGCGGGAGGACGGCCACCGAGCCCGGCCUGAAUGCCCACACGUGCCGCCGCCGCGACAUCGCACGGAAACUCACACAGGCCCGCUCAUCGGCGACCUGUUGCCUCUGUGAGGCGAAAAAAAAAAGCGCCCUUUUGGAGAAAACAGCAAGUUGAUUAGACUGGUCCAGACCCAAAAGGAAUGGGGGUGUGUAGGUGGUAACCCUCCCCUGCUCUGCCUGAGACAGCCAAAUCCCUGCAGGGCCCCCCGGCCCUGAGGCUGCCCAAGGAGCAGCUGAAUGGAGGCCUGACGGAGGCAGCCACAGAGGCCCAGCAAGCAGAGGCCGGGAUAGGGCUGCCCCGUGAU